UAUCUUCAAUUCAUAAAAAUAUCUUCAGAGCCACAACUGACCACUAGUUAGGAUAUAUACCUAUAUCCUACAAAUUGCACUAUAUAAAUUCUCAAAUGAACUUAAAUUUGUUACAUAAAUUCAUCAAAAUAUUUGUACAAGCUAUGUAGCUACUAAAACAAUGUUUGGUUCUAAGGUAAUUUCUUUUUUCAUUUUGUUCAAUGUAGUGUUUUUCACUUGUGUUUCGUCUCAUAGUAUACCAUGCCCUCCAACUCCAAAGAGCCAUCCAGUGACGCCAUCCCCAACAAAAGCCCCAGCCAAGUGCCCCAAAGAUACCCUAAAAUUUGGUGUUUGUGGAGAUUGGCUUGGGCUGGUUCAUGAGGUCAUUGGGGCAAAACCAAGUAGCCAAUGUUGUGCUCUUUUGGAAGGGAUAGCAAAUGUUGAAGCUGCUUUGUGCUUAUGCACUGCCAUAAAGGCCAAUGUUUUGGGUGCUCUUAAGCUCAAAGUUCCCAUCGCCAUCAGUAUGGUUCUGAAUUCUUGUGGAAAGAAAGUGCCUAAAGGCUUUAAAUGUGCUUGACGUACGGUCGUUAGUGUUGUAUGCAGGAUUUUAUGCAAGCAGUGUAUGUGUCACAAUUCGACUUUGUAUAUGAGUUUGGGUCUAGGAUUAUGUUGUUCUUGAGGAUUUUCAAUUCCUCACAAAUUGUUGUAUAUCCUUUGUAGUAUUUUCAAGUGGUAUAUAUUUGUUUUACUGUA